AUGAUGUCCUUACCGGGAACGUUUGCCUGUGACGAAUAUGGGCGUCCGUUCAUCGUGCUCCGCGACCAGGAGAACCAGAAGCGGUUGACCGGCAACGAGGCCAUCAAGAGUCACAUCUUGGCAGCGAAGCAGAUUGCCUCCAUCAUUCGUUCAUCGCUUGGACCGAAGGGUUUGGACAAGAUGAUGGUCAGUGGUGACGGUGAGGUCAUGGUCACCAACGAUGGCGCCACAAUCAUGAAGGAGAUGGAUGUGGACCAUGAAAUUGGUAAGCUGAUGGUGCAGCUCAGUCAAUCACAAGACGACGAAAUCGGCGAUGGUACGACGGGAGUCGUUGUGCUGGCGGGAGCUUUACUCGAACAAGCCGAAUCCUUGCUCGAUCGGGGCAUUCAUCCGAUUCGUAUCGCGGAUGGGUUUGAGCUGGCCGCACAGUGUGCCGUGAAGCAUCUGGAUACGAUCGCGCAACCCUUCCCGGUGUCGCGUGACAACAAGGACCCUCUGAUCCGUGUCGCCAUGACCACGCUCGGCAGCAAGAUCGUGAAUAAGUGUCACCGGCAGAUGGCAGAAAUUGCGGUCGAUGCCGUGCUGACGGUGGCCGAUCUCGAGAAAAAGGAUGUGAAUUUCGAGCUGAUCAAGCUAGAGUGUAAGGUGGGCGGAAGGAUGGAGGACACCUGUCUGGUGAAGGGUGUGGUGGUGGAUAAAACGAUGAGUCACUCGCAGAUGCCGACCGUGCUGAAGGACGUGAAGUUGGCUAUUCUCACCUGCCCGUUCGAGCCACCGAAGCCCAAGACCAAGCAUAAGCUCGAUGUGACGUCGGCGGAAGAUUACCGUAAGUUGCGCGAGUACGAGCAGGAAAAGUUCCUGGAGAUGGUGAAGCAGGUGAAGGAUGCCGGUGCUACCUUGGCCAUCUGUCAGUGGGGCUUCGAUGAUGAGGCGAACCAUUUGUUGCUACAGCAGCAAUUGCCCGCCGUCCGUUGGGUUGGUGGACCGGAAAUUGAGCUGAUUGCUAUUGCGACCGGUGGAAGGAUUGUGCCGCGGUUUGAAGAGCUGACGCCCGAUAAACUUGGAACGGCAGGUAUUGUGCGGGAGCUAAGCUUCGGUACGACCAAGAACAAGAUGCUGGUGAUUGAGGACUGUAAGAAUACGCGCGCCGUUACGGUAUUGAUCCGUGGUGGCAAUCGGAUGAUUACGGAGGAAGCGAAGCGAUCAAUCCACGAUGCGCUCUGUGUGGUCCGUUCGUUGAUUCGUGACUCGCGUAUCGUAUAUGGUGGUGGUGCAGCAGAAAUUAGCUGCUCCCUGGCGGUGGCUCGCGAAGCCGAUCAGUUGUCCACGCUGGAGCAGUAUGCGUUCCGUUCAUUUAGUGUUGCGCUCGAGUCGAUUCCGCUGGCUCUGGCGGAGAACAGUGGCCUUUCGCCGAUUGAAACGCUGUCUGAGCUUAAGGCACGCCAAGGAACGGAGAACAGUUCCACGUUCGGUGUGGACUGCAUGCUGACGGGCAAUUCCGACAUGAAGGAUCAUCACGUGAUCGAAUCGCUGCACUCGAAGAAACAGCAGAUUGUACUCGCGACCCAGCUUGUGAAGAUGAUUCUGAAAAUCGAUGAUGUGCGAACCCCGUCCGAUCGUUAA